AUGUCGCUGACAAUGCAUUUUUUCAUCACCAAUACUCCCGACUUCGAAUCAUGGUCGCUCUGUGUCUCUCCGGCUGACGAUGGAGAAGUACAAGUCUCUCCUCGUAUGACAUUUCCAUCUCCACUGUCCCCGGCAGUGACAGCCUUUCUGUGCUACUGCUUCUUCUCAACAGCAUCAUCGACUGCGUCACCCAUUGAACAUCAUAACUUGCCUCUCUUGUUACAGCUGACAAAAUUGCAUGAGAAGCUGUACCUCAAGGACCUUCGAUAUAGCUUAACAUCCGCUAAUCCCGGAUGUACGACCCAUCAGGAAGCUACAACAGACUCCCUCUGCAUCAAUCCGAAGGCUUUGGCCUCUGCUCGCAAGCUCAACCUUGUCUGUGUGGAAGACCUAUGUCCGCCACAGUGGGAGAUGGUGCACAAUCAUCAUUGCCGUCCUCCACUCCCUACCCAAUUCUGGAUCACGGUGAGUUUCUCCGUGAGUGCUUCGCAGUCUCGUGAGGUCAUUCUGCUUGGUAUGAGUAGGUCUGAGACAACAUUUUCCGACGCGUAUGGAAUACUCUGUCAAUAA